AUGGUUGAUGAGUGUAAUGUCUUGGUGAAAUCAUUUCGAAAGGUAAGUGAUUUCAUUUCUAUCAACCCAUUGUUAAGGAUUUCUCUAAGAUUGUUUAGGGCUAGACCCAAAGACCCAAGAGUGUACAAUUUACCUUCUGUGGAUGAGGUAGCUGGUUUAAUUGUUGGUGAUUUUGAUUCUACUGAUUGUGGUCGAGACAUAGUUGUUAGUUCAAUGGAUGGUACUCUUAGAAGAAUUCAUGAGACACACACUUCAUUUUUACCGUUGCAAUAUCCUUUGCUUUUUCCUAAUGGAGAAGAUGGAUAUAAAGAAGAUAUUUUGUUUCGCCAAGAUGGAGAUGGUCGUGUUUUUAAAAAGAGAGUACGAGUAUCUUUGAGAGAAUUUAUUUCUUUUAGAAUUCAUGAAAGAAUGAGAGAGGAUUCAGUUAUAUUGCGUAGUAGAAGAUUAUUCCAACAAUUUCUUGUGGAUUGUUAUUCGAUGAUUGAGGCUCAAAGAUUGUCAUAUAUCAAGGGUAAUCAAAAGACAAUACGUCGGGACUUCUUAUCUGGAUUGGAGGAGGCUAUGGAGAAAGGUGAUGUCGAUUCAGCAUCAGUUGGAACAAGGAUAGUUCUACCUUCAUCAUUUACUGGUGGAAGAAGAUAUAUGUUUAACAAUUGUCAAGAUGCAAUGGCAAUCUGCAAACAUGUUGGAUAUCCAGAUCUUUUUAUAACUGUUACUUGCAACCCAAAGUGGCUUGAAAUUCAAAGGUGUGUUUCUGAAAAAGGCUUGAAUGCCUAUGAUCGCCCUGAUAUCUCGUGUCGGGUUUUUCAUAUUAAAGUGAAGCAGUUAAUGCGUGAUUUGAGGAAAGGUCAAUAUUUUGGGAAAGUCUCAGCUGGAAUGUAUACCAUUGAGUUUCAAAAGAGGGGACUUCCACAUGCCCAUAUACUUAUUUGGUUAGCGCCUGGUUCAAAGCUAACAACACCAGAGAAAAUUGAUUCAGUUAUAUGUGCAGAGUUACCUGAUCCAGUUGCUAGCCCGAAACUAUUUGAAGUUGUUUCUAUGUUCAUGGUCCAUGGUCCAUGUGGAAGUAGUAGAAAAAAUUCUCCGUGCAUGGAGGAACACUGGGUUUUUGUUGAAAGACGUGAUGUUCAAUUAGAUAAUGGGUAUGUUGUUCCUUAUAAUGCAAAAUUGUUGAUGAAGUACCAAGCCCACAUUAACAUUGAAUAUUGUAACAAAUCGAAUUGCAUCAAAUACUUAUUUAAGUAUAUCAACAAAGGAGUUGAUCGGGUUACAGUUUCAAUGAAAAAUGAAUGUAAUGAAGGACAAAAUGUGCCGGAGGUUGAUGAGAUCCAACAAUAUUAUGAUUGUCGUUAUUUGUCUGCUUGUGAAGCUGCUUGGAGAUCAUUUUCAUUUCGUAUUCAUGAUCAUUGGCCUCCCGUUCAGCGAUUACCUUUUCAUAUGCCCAACAAACAAGUUGUAUUAUAUGGUAAUGAAGAACCAAUUGAUAGGGUCGUUCAAGAGUUAUUUGUUUGGCAUCCUAAAGAUAAAGAGUGGCGACCACGCAAAAGAGGGUUUUCCAUUGGAAGAAUGAAUUUUAUACCUUUGGGGUGUGGGGAGGAAGCAUGUUCUGCCUUGGGAUUAUUAGAGGAUGAUAAAGAAUUUAUUGAUGGAUUAAUUGAUUGUGCUGAAUUGUCAGGUGCUUUGCGUUUGGAUGAUCAGACUUUGAAGACGCUUUGUUUGGUUGAGCUUGAAAAAAUGUUUGUUAAUAAUGGGAAAACACUAAAGGAUUUUCCUGGCAUUCCGUAUCUUAUUUCAGAUGAAGUCCCUCAGUUUGAGAAUGUCAUGUUGUUUAACGAGUUAAGAUUUGACAUUGAUGAUAUGUCAGUUAAACAUAAUGACCAUUUGAUGAAGUUGAAUAAUGGUCAAAGGAAAGUGUAUGAUGAGGUUAUUGAUGCAGUUAAUAAAUCAGAUGGAGGAUUUUAUUUUGUCUAUGGUUCAGGUGGUACAGGAAAAACUUUUCUUUGGAAAACUCUAAGUUAUAGAUUAAGAUCUGAGCGGAAGAUUGUGUUGAAUGUUGCAUCCAGUGGUAUAGCAUCUCUUUUGUUACCUGGUGGGAGGACUGCACAUUCGUUAUUUAGUAUCCCACUUGUGUUAAAUGAGGAUUCAUGUUGUAAUAUUAGGCUGGGUAGUAACAAGGCAGAGUUGCUUAAACAUACAAGUUUAAUUAUAUGGGAUGAGGCACCUAUGGUUAAUAGGUGGGCAUUUGAGGCUGUUGAUAGAACCUUGCGUGAUAUAAUGGAAGUUGGGGAUGUUUAUGGUGGGGGAAAGCCCUUUGGUGGAAAAGUUGUGGUUUUAGGGGGAGAUUUUAGACAAACUCUUCCUAUUAUCCCGAAAGCAAGUAGGGAAGAAAUUGUAAUGGCUACUAUUAACUCAUCAAGACUAUGGAAAUUUUGCAAAGUCUUAAAACUUACUGAGAAUAUGCGUUUGCAUGGGAAUGAUUCUUUACAUGAUCGUGAAAAAUUGGUUGAAUUUAGCAAGUGGAUACUUGAUAUUGGUGAUGGUAAUUUGGGUGAUUACAAUGAUGGUGAAUGUGAUUUAGAUAUUCCACAUGACUUGAUGGUUCCCUUUAAAGAUGAUGCUGUGUCAAGUAUAGUUUAUUCCACCUACCCUGAUAUUCAAAGGAAAUUUUUUGAUGAGGAAUAUUUUAUUGAUAUAGCUAUUCUUGCUCCCACUUUGGAUAUUGUUGAUAGUGUGAACCAGUUUGUGCUUUCAAUAGUACCUGGCAAAGAAAAAGUGUAUUUAAGUUCAGACAGUGUAGUCAAAGUUGAUGAAGAUGUAGCCAUUGAUGCAAAUUGGAUAACCAUUGAGUUUUUGAACGGCAAUAAGGGAUCUGGACUUCCUGAUCAUAGGUUGUGUUUGAAAAUUGGAACGCCCAUUAUGUUAAUGAGAAAUAUUGAUGUUUCAGCUGGGUUAUGCAAUGGAACUCGGCUUAUUGUGUUGGAUCUUAGACCAAAUUUGAUUUAUGGGAAAGUGCUAAAUAGAAAUAAAGCUGGCACAAAAACAUACAUCCCACGCAUGACUAUUGUUCCUUCUGAUAGUGGUCUACAUGUUAAAGUUCAACGUAGGCAAUUUCCGGUGUGUGUUUGUUUUGCAAUGACAAUUAAUAAGAGUCAAGGGCAGACGUUGUCUCGAGUGGGGUUUUUUUUACCGAGACCUGUUUUUUCCCAUGGUCAACUAUAUGUUGCGUUGUCGCGUGUGAAAUCAAGGGAUGGAUUGAAAAAUUAUGUUGACCAGACAGAGGUUCCGCCUUUGGAGCACACAAAAAAUGUUGUUUACAAAGAAGUAUUCAAAAAUUUAAGCUGA